GAAUCAUGUAUCGCAAAUCCUGCGCGUCUUCGGCAGCGUGUCUGAUCGCCUCUGCCGGGUACCAGUCCUUUUGUUCUCCAGGGAAGGUGAACUCUGUUUGUAUCAGCUGCUGCAACACUCCGCUCUGCAACGGACCCAGGCCGAAGAAGAGGGGGAAUUCUGGCGUCGUGCCGAGGGCGCACAUGAUAACCACUGUUCUGUUCCUUAAAUUGGCUCUCUUGUUUUUCUCUUGCUAA